AUGCGUGUGGCGGCGCCAGCUAUGGUGGCGGCUAUGGUGGCCAGUCCUAUGGAGGAUAUGGUGCCCAAUCCUAUGGCGGAUAUGGUGCCCAGUCCUAUGGGGCCCCGGCUGCUUAUUCCAGCUAUGGAGCCCAGUCUGCCUACCCAGCUAGCUACGGUAGCAGCUAUGGUCAGUCCUACGGUGCACAAUCGUAUGGCGCUCAGCCAUCUUAUGGAUCCUAUGGAGGACAGUCCUCUUAUGGAAGUUAUGGCGCUUCCCAGC